AUGAAGGGGAGAAAACCUGCAGGCCCAGAACUAGAAGAAGGACCACUCAGAGCAGGAAAAGCCUCCAGUGCAGUUCAGCUGGAAUUUGAGACAGAGCGACCAGGAUGGGAUGCAUCGCAAGAGGGCAAAGGGGAACCAUCCAGGGGGAUGCAAGAGUGUUGGGAAGCCCAAUGGCAGGAGUUCCUGAGGACACUGCAGCCCCUUCACACAACAUGGGGAAGCCCAGGGAUAUCAGAGAUGGCACCAUGGGAUGAUACCAAGGCCUUUCUGGCCUCCUUCGAGCAAGUGGCCAAGCCCUGCCGGUGGCCGAGAGGAGAGUGGGCGGCCCGGCUCCUGCCAGCCCUGAGUGGGGAAGCAGAAGAGGCCUUCCGAAGCCUGGAAGCCAGAGAUCAGGAGGACUAUGGGAAAGUGAAGGCGACCAUCUUUCGAGGGGAAGCCCUGAGGAUGGAGGCGCAGCGCCAGCACUUCAGGCAAUUCUGCUGCCAGGAGGUCAGAGACCCCCGAAGGAUUCACAGCCAAGUCCAGGAGCUUUGCCGGCAGUGGCUGAAGCCGGAGAGACACAGCAAGGAGCAGAUCCUGGAGCUGCUGAUCCUGGAGCAGUUCCUGGCCAGCCUGCCAGUGGACCUCCAGGGCUGGAUCCGGGCAGGAGGACCAGACACCUGCUCCCAGGCCGUGGCCCUGGCCGAGGACUUCCUCAUGAGCCAGCAGAUAGCUGUGACAGCAGUCUGGCAGGGGCCGCUGAAGGAGGAGUUUGAAGAACCAUCAGAUCCUGUGAAGGGAGAGAUCUACAAAGAAACUGAGCAAAACGGUGAUGCUACAUUGAAAGAAAUAGAUGUCCGUGGAAGUCGCCUGUGUUUGCAGGUCGUCAACCAGAGUUUGCCCCGGCUAGCCCAACAGACCACAGUCUGGCAAGUCCUGCAGGAGGACGGGGGGAACGUAGAGCCUUCAGGCGACAAUAACGGAAGCAAGGUCAAGAUGGAGGAUUGUCAGUAUGGAGGAAAGGAGCCACAGGAUAUGUCCGGGAAAGCAUCACAGAUGGGCCAAGAGAAUGUGAUGGAGACAGCUGAGAUGCACGAAGAAAGAUGCAAGUCCGAAGAGGGUCAGGAGACAGACACAGAAGGAAGAGAGAAGGAAUGUCGUAAAGUCACGGAAGAUCUUACAGCUGCGUUUAGCCCCCCUUCCAAAGGAUGCACAAGGGACAACAUGCCCAUGUUCUCCAAGUACGGUAGAAGAUAUCGCUACAAGUUACAACCUGUUAUGAUAGAUGCCAGGGAGGACCAGGACGAAUGCCCCAUGACAGAUGAAAAUCUCCAGCGAAAUCCAUGCUUUGAUCAGCAUCAACGAACAAUUAAAGGAGGGUGUAAAUCUGAAUUUUCUGAGAAUGAAAAAGAGGCUAACUGGACUAGACUUCAGAUUAACCACCUGGAAGAGAAAUCUCAAACCUCUACUGAGUGUGUACAGAACUUUAUUUAUACAAAGUCACUAAAGCGUAAUCAAGAAAUUCAAAGUGUGGGGGGACCAUAUGAAUGUUCUCAUUGUAGCAAAUGUUUCCACCUGAGAGAAGAAUUGAUGAAUCAUGAGCAGCUUCAUACUGGAGAGAGGGGGCAUGAAGAUCCGGAGUCUGGGGAAAUCUUUACUAGACAGGAGAAAAUUGAUACUAGAUUGAAACCAUACGAAUGUUCUCAGUGUGGGAAGUGCUUCAAUGGUAGAGGCAGUCUGAGAAGACACCAGAGAAUUCAUUCCGGAGAGAAACCGUACAAAUGUUCUCCGUGUGGGAGGUGCUUCAGUGAGGGAAGCACGUUGAAGACACAUCAGAGAACUCAUACUGGAGAGAAACCAUACAAAUGCCCUGAGUGUGGGAAAGGCUUCACUCAGGGAGACUCAUUGAAAAGACAUCAGAGAAUUCAUUCUGGAGAGAAACCGUACAAAUGUUCUCAGUGUGGGAGGUGUUUCAGGGAGAGAUCCCAAUUGCAGAGACAUCAGAGAAUUCAUUCUGGAGAGAAACCGUACAAAUGUUCUCAGUGUGGGAAAAGCUUCACUCAGGCAGGCAUUUUGCAGGUCCAUCAGAGAACACAUAUGGAGAGAAACCAUUCAAAUGUCUUGAGUGUGGAGAAAGCUUCAGGUGGAAUCACAAUCUGAAGACCCAUCAGAGAAUUCAU